AUGUGGAAAGCAGUGGAGAUAACUGAGGAAGAUAUUGGCUUAAUGAAGAAAUAUCUGAAAUACAGAGGGAAAAAAGGAAGCUGGUGCGCACUGUCCACCAGAAAGAAGAGAUUCAUCCGGCACUACUCCAACUGGUUUUUCCUGGGAGGAGACUCUUUAUACAGAAAGACAGAAAAUGGCUCUGUGAAGGUGCAUGGUCCGCUUUUUCUAAAUAGAUUCCAGGAAAAGCAUCCGCAACAUAUUUCCCCCAUACCGUGCGAACAGCCAUACACCGUGCCAGCUGACUCUCCGUUUGCAGAUUGGUAA